CGCGGUGACAGGCCAUUGUUACGAAUGCAAAAUGAAAUGCGUAAAUCAGAGCAACAACAACAUCCACAACACGGGACACCGGCAGUCGCUGCGUGCGUGGAGAUUAACUUGGACUUAAGCCGCAGAAGACACCAAAAAGAUAAUGAACAAUGUCAUCAAGAAGGCCAGAGAAAAAGGGAAGUGGAAGGUGCUGGUGGUGGACAAGCUGAGCAUGAGGAUGAUUUCCUCCUGCUGUAAGAUGACGGACAUCAUGUCAGAGGGAAUCACCAUUGUAGAAGACAUACACAAGCGGCGUGAGCCUCUACCCAGCAUGGAGGCCAUCUACCUGAUCACACCCUCCGAUGAGUCUGUCGAGGGUCUGAUCGACGACUUCAGAGACCCGCAGUCUCCGAGGUACCGAGCAGCUCACGUCUUCUUCACUGACACUGUCCCAGACUCCUUGUUCGGACUUUUGACUAAGUCCCGCGCCUCCAAGGCCAUGAAGGCCUUGACGGAGAUCCAUAUCGCCUUUCUGCCCUAUGAAUCACAGGUCUUCUCCCUGGACAAAGUGGAUGCCUUCCAGGACUUCUACAGCCCCUUCAAGGCCGACGUGAAGAACAACAUGCUGGAGCGCUGCGCCGAGCAGAUAGCGACCCUCUGUGCCACGCUCAAGGAGUAUCCUGGAAUCCGAUACAGAGGGGAGUACAAAGACUGUGGAGUUCUGGCCCAGAUGCUCCAGGAGAAGCUGGACGCCUACAAGGCCGAUGACCCCUCCAUGGGAGAGGGUCCGGACAAGUCUCGCACUCAGCUGCUCAUCCUGGAUCGCGGCUUCGACCCCGUGUCACCUCUCCUGCACGAGCUCACGCUGCAGGCCAUGGCCUACGACCUGCUCGGCAUGGAGAACGAUGUGUACAGCUUCGAGACCAGCGGGAUGGGAGAGACGAGGCUGAAGGAGGUGCUGCUCGACGAGGACGAUGAUCUGUGGCAGAGUCUGAGGCACAAACACAUUGCGGAGGUGUCAACGGCCGUGACGCGCUCUCUAAAAGACUUCUCCGCCAGCAAAAAGAUGAACACCGGAGAAAAGACCACCAUGAAGGAACUGGCUCAGAUGCUGAAGAAGAUGCCCCAGUAUCAGAAGGAGCUGAGCAAGUUUUCGACACACCUCCACCUGGCUGAGGACUGUAUGAACCGCUACCAGGGCACUGUGGACAAGCUCUGCCGCGUCGAACAGGACCUGGCAAUGGCCACGGAUGCCGAGGGAGAGAAGAUCAAGGAUCCCAUGAGGCUUAUUGUACCGAUUCUCCUGGACGCCAGCGUCGGUGUCUCCGACAAGAUCCGCAUCAUCCUGCUCUACAUCUUCCUGAAGAACGGGGUGACUGAGGAGAACCUGUGUAAGCUCCUUCAGCAUGCCAGCAUCCCGCCGGAGGACAGCGACAUCAUUUCCAACAUGGCCCACAUGGGCGUUCCCAUUAUAUCUGAGGGCACCGUCAAGAAACCCAAGAAGCCGGAUCGCAAAGAGCGAAUCAGUGAGCAGACCUACCAGCUCUCCAGGUGGACUCCUCUUGUCAAGGACCUCAUUGAGGAUGCCAUCGAGGACAAACUUGAUCCCAAGCAGUACCCGUACAUUUCCCAGCGACAAGCGUCGGCCAAAGCCAGUGCUACGUCAACAUCAAGUGCUCGCUAUGGCAACUGGCACAAGAACAGGGGCCCCACAGAGAUCAAGACGGGGCCCAGGAUCAUCAUCUUCAUUAUCGGGGGGAUGUCUUACAGUGAGAUACGCUGCGUGUAUGAGGUCACCCAGGCCAAUGGCAAGUGGGAGGCGCUGAUCGGUUCCACCCACAUUCUCACCCCACCUAAGUACCUGAAGGAGCUGCAGCACCCAGACUUCCUGGACCCCAAUGCCCCACCAGAGGGCGAGGAGGAGACGCGUGCAGAAUGAAAAGACGUUUUGAAGAUCGACUGGACCCUUCACCCCUGCUCGCCUUCUGAAACCCCUCAACGACGUAGAGAAAGAUGUGCAGACGAGUUAGUAGUGCCCCCUCUGCAGCUCUCAUACAGAAGUAACACCCCCCCCAACAUGACACAUCAUUGAAGAUACACUUGAUGUCGUACACGUCUUAGGUUGAGCGUGUGGACGUUGGUCAAAGGUUUUUUUGGAAGGAACUGAAUUUGUAUUCCGUAUGGUCCAUUGUUACACUGUGGGGUUUCCGCGUUAAGUGACGUAGGUGGAUGAGUUUACAGUAGAUGACUGGAUGAGGUCUGGGGUCGUUGGGCUACAUAGGAAGAACUGAAAGUCCAGAGUGAUGAAUAUAUGUCAUGGAGACUCAUUAUGUCUCUGCAUUCUCUUCUGCUAUAAUCCCCCCCCCCCCAUCCAGUGAACGGUGUCCUUCUUUUAUUUUGGCAUGUCAGUUUUGAUGUUAGUGCUUUCCACAGAGUAGCAACCAUACAAGGUUCUUCCAAUAUCCCCAUUCACAGCGACGUGUCCGACCUCGGUGAACGCCACUGUACUCCGAGGUUAUGUGUAGCUGUAGAUUAAGAAACGUGAAUACACAGUGUAGUUUUUGUGCGUCGUCUCGAUACUCGGCAGUGUUUAUGACUUUGUAUUUUUUCUUUGGUCCUGUAGAGAUACAGUUUCAUUGUGCGACCCCGCGUUGGACCGCGGUUACCGUAGUGACGUGAUUUUUCUGUAACUGACCUCGUGUGCAGCGAGACGUCAGUGUCGUCACGCGUCCGCGUCUUGUGUCCACAUGCACGAACGAUACUCGUCGCGGGAUGUGUGUUGAAUUAAUAAAGUGGCUUCCAUUAA